ACUUGGAUACCAAGUCUCGUCUCUUCUCGGCUGUCAGUUUCAUCCUUCUUCUUCGCGAGUUCAGCUCCUUCUUGAUUUUAUGGCUAAGCUGGAAGCCAAGCUAGGGAUGAUGAUCGACUCCAUCGGUAACUUCUUUUCCGGUAGAGAUCAGCUGCCUUGGUGUGAUCCUGACAUAGUCGCUGCGUGUGAAAGAGAGGUUGCUGAGGCUGGCUCAGAUGACUCUAUGAAGGAAUGUCUCUUGCGUUUAUCAUGGGCCCUUGUUCACUCAAGACGACCAGAAGAUGCACAACGUGGGAUAGCAAUGCUUGAAGCAUCUUUACCUGGUACAACUGACCCACUGCUACAGAGGGAGAGGCUAUAUCUUCUGGCUGUUGGGUAUUACAGAAGUGGUGAUUAUUCAAGGAGUAGGGAUCUUGUGGAUAGAUGUCUAUUGAUUGCUCCUGACUGGAGGCAGGCAGUGACGCUUAAGAAGAUAAUUGAAGACAAGAUCACAAAAGAUGGUGUCAUUGGCCUUGGCAUUGCUGCAACUGCUGUAGGACUGGUAGCAGGUGGGAUAGCAGCAGCAGUAUCAAGAAAGAAGUGACAGAGUCCUUUUCAGUCAAUCAAUGUUCAAGAAAUGUAAUAUCUGCCGCCUCUUUUUGCUUAAUAAUCAAUAAGAAGUGGAAGAAAUGAUAUGUAUGAUCUCACUGUUAGACUGAUCCUGCUGCUGAGAUAUGUGUUGUGCGUGUAUGUGUAUAGAUGUUUCUUUUAUAUUUGACGAAGUUUACUUUUA